CCGCCCCCACCGGUGGCCUGUGGUUGUGUUGUGCGGCGGUGUUGACGCAGCCGGCGCCGGUGAGUGUGAAGCGCUGACGGGACGCUGGUGGAGAGAAGCCGUCGGCGCACAGAGCUCAGUGAAGUGUGUCUGCUGCAGCGAGUACAACACUGGAUUACCAACACACAGAGAGCUCUCCAGCAGAGGGCAGUGUAAGACCGAGAGCAUCCCCCAUCCCACGAGGUCCUCGAUCAGUCUGCGCUGUCAGGAUCACUCCUCUGAAAACCAUGAAAGGCUCUCCUGACCUGAUUCCUGCCGCAGAUCUGGACCCCAGCAGAGUGUGCAAGGGGAAAGGAGUCGUGACUCUACGGGCCACCCUCGUCCACAUAGAUGAUGAGGGCUGCAUCAGCGAGGAGCCAAACGUCAUCACAGCGCCAAGUGGCUGGACAAGCCAGAUUAAUGGAGACAGCUCUAAAGCAGGAUUGGCUGAGGGAGGCAGCAACAUCACAGCUGAUUUACCCCCUGUAAACAACACUCAGUGCCAGGCCAACUCACCAGAAAGCCUAAAAGAAAACCAGGCUCCUUCCUCCACUGACUUUCAGAACUGCAUCACAUCGUCCAGCUCCGUCUACCCCAGCACGAGCACAGUUAACCCCACCAUAGUCCUGCUGCAGCACAACAGAGACCCAACUCCAGAACGGGACAAAAGCCCCGAUCCUGGCAGAGACUCAGUGAGUCCUGUCCCUGAUAUGGACGGGAAGAGGCUGCGACUAUCACUGCACUCCCCUGUCCUCAGUCCUCUCAACAAGCCCAUUGUGCCUGUACGGAACACUGAAAAGUCCAAAGACUGGUAUAAGACAAUGUUCAAACAGAUACACAAAAUACCCGAGCCUAUUGAGGAAAACCCUUACCGCCCCACCUACAUUUUCCCCGAGAACAUUGACAUUCAGAUGAAAUCAAAAGAUGAUGGUCCCACUCCCUUUGGUUACUUGGAGGAUGUGAAACCGGUCCCACGCUCGAAAAGCGACGCCGCGGUCGAUUCGAGAGCCCGGUCGAUGCCGGUGCCGACACGGUCCUCUUCCCUCAGACCCACCACCAAAAGGAACGAGUGGGAGCCCCCGGAUAAGAAGGUAGACACCAGGAAGUACCGCGCCGAGCCCAAGAGCAUCUUUGAAUACGAGCCGGGGAAAUCGUCGGUGCUGAAGCUGGAGAGAACGACUCAGGAUGUAAGUCCAGAAGAUGUAGAUUUAGAGAAUGAGCCUUGGUAUAAAUUCUUUUCAGAGAUGGAGUUUGACAAAGCGAGUGCCCCCUCUUUCAGCCCCCUGGAAACAGCCUCCGACCUGCAGCAGUACUCCUCGAGCAAGUCCGGACACAGCGAGGUGGAGAAGGACAGAGGAUCAUCCACAGGCGAGCCCGCGGCUCCAGAAUGCGACCGCCAUGUUUACAAGAGCGUCCUGGAGGGCGGCGACAUUCCCUUACAAGGUCUACGGGCCCUAAACAAGCGCCACGGCAGCUCCUCCUCCUCUAAAGUGGAUUAUAAAGGUGGGAAUGGCUAUAUAAUUUCACCCUGCUCCUCUGUAAAUAGUCGAUCGGUUCUUGCCAGUAAUGCAAUAGGUAACCAGUGUAAGAGUAAGAAGCCUCUCUCUGCUGCCAAAGCCUGCAUACCCCAAAUCCUGCCUUCUAAGUUCAAGCCCAAGCUGCUGCCGCCCAGUGGUGACAGUCAGGAGAGCAGGACUAAAGCUGUCAGGCACCCAAAGGCCCACAGCUGCGAGGACCUGUACACCGGGCCAUGUGACUCGGACUUUGCCGGAGCAGAGGAGACGGAGAGCGGUCAGUGCUCGGACUCCAAGUCCAGCUGUGGCGGCGAGUGCACGGACGGCCUCAGGAAUGUUUCCCCCGCCAUCAGGAGGAGCACGUCCGAGUUUUCCAGCCUGUACAGGAGCAUGCAUCACAUCCAGAGGCCCAGCUCGGUCGGCUGCAGCCCCCACGGCAGCGUCCGGAGCCUGGCCUCCCUUUUUGAGAAGACGAAGGCCGACGGGGGCGAGAGGUCAGAGGGCGAGGACGGGGAUAACAUUCCACGGGAUGCGGUGUCGUCACGGGUCAACGAGUUUGAAAUGAUCAUCCAGAGGUCCAGCUCGGCGCCCAGCCGCUCCUCCUCCCUGCCCACCCUGAACUCCAGCCACAGCCACAGCCCCGACCACGUCCCCGCCCACCUCUACAUGGCGUCUGCGGUGUCAGCAGAGUCCCUCCUGGUGGCCGACGCCGCCCAGACGGAUGCCUGCUCCCCACCGGAGGCAGAGGGCAAGAGCUCCGGGGAGGAGGCCGUGUCGCCGAGCAGCGUGGCGGUGGAGGAGGCCGCUUCCUCCUCGGAUGACGGACACAACAUCAGGGCUGAGUCGCCGUCCAACACUGAGGCCGAGGUCGAGCAGAUCUUCAGUAAAGGCUCCCCAGAACUGAUCCACCAAAACGACGGCGCAUCAAAGAGUCCGGUAGCACGGCUCACAGCGUCCCCACCGCAACACAACCACCUCCACCACCACCACCACCUCCUGCACCACCUGAACCACCAGCUCCUCCUCAAACCCAGCAAAUGCAAAGGCUCCUGCCCGGCCUCCUACACCCGCUUCACCACCAUCCUCAGGCACGAGAGGCAGCAGGCCACGACCCAACAGGAGAGGCUGCCGCCCCCGGAGAAGAAGACCACGCUGCCCGGAAACCUCUUCCUCAUGGGCCCCACUCCCUUCAGGCCGCGUAGGAACCUGCAGUCCCAGCAGACUCGGAGAACCCUGUUAGCCACCAAGGUGACUAUGAGCACCCAGAGGCCCUGCAGCCUCUCCCCCGAGCCCAGGCCUCUGAUCCCUCAGCGCCUGUCCUCCCUGGAGGUCUUGGAGAGGCUGAGUAACGGAGAAGGAGGCAACACUGACCACCUGAGUAACGGGCAGGGCUUGGACGCCAACGGGAACCUACUGCAGCCGCUGGCAGCUCACCGCAGAGACUCGUCCCCAGCUCACGGGGAGAGCCAGGAUGAAGUGCUGCGGAGGCGUCACGGGGACAAAGAGAAAAUCUUGGAGGAGCAGCGGCGGCUGAAGCGGGAACAGGAAGAGGCUGACACGGCGUCGAGGCGACACACAGGCAUCGUCCCGACGCACCACCAGUUCAUCACCAACGAGCGCUUCGGAGACCUGCUCAACAUCACAGAUAACACAGACAAAAGGAAAUCGGGCGUUGAGAGAACUCCAGCCAUGGCUCGCUUUGACUUCAGAGCAGAAACUCUAAAGGAGUUACCGUUUCAAAAGGGAGACAUCGUGUACAUCAUUCGACAGGUGGAUCAGAACUGGUUCGAAGGGGAACAUCACGGAAGAGUCGGGAUUUUCCCUCGAAGUUACGUUGAGCUCCUUCCCCCCACAGAAAAAGCCCAGCCAAAGAAAAGUGCCCCAGUUCAGGUCCUGGAAUACGGCGAGGCCGUCGCCCGCUUCAACUUCACCGGGGACACAGUGGUGGAGAUGUCCUUCAGGAAGGGAGAGAGGAUCACGCUAAUCCGUCGAGUCGAUGAGAACUGGUACGAAGGCAAAAUCUCAGGCACCAACCGCCAAGGCAUCUUCCCCGUCACCUACGUAGAAGUGCACAAAAGACCCCGCGUCAAAAACGGCGUGGAGUAUCCCGACCCUCCCGUCAGCCAGUCGCCACAGCGCAGCACCAACGCCUCUCCUCAGCUGUAUCGUAAUCGCCUCACCACCUCCCCCCUGCCCCUCCCUCGCUCCCCCCGCCGCUCCGUGUCCCCCGAGGUCCACGCCGUCUCCUCCGAGUGGAUCUCCCUGACGGUGGGAGGAGGGAGCCCCCCCGCCGCCCCUACCCCUCCCCUGCCGCCGCUGCCCACCGUGUCCUACCGCUGCGGCGAGUACCUGCCCCCGCCUUUCUCCGCCAGCCCCGUGCCUCCCAUCACCGGCAGCCCGUACUGCGUCUCCCCCAUGGCCUCCCCGUCCGUCUCCCCCCUGCCCCCGCCGUACCCGCCCAGACCCAGCUCCACCACCCCCUUCCUCACAUUCACCCCGCCGCAGGGCGAGGACUUCCUGCUCUCCCCGCCCUCCCAGCGGCUGUCUCGCAGCGUCAGCCCCUGCGGCGGGCCGGUGCUGGAGGGCUGGCUGAGGGGGGAGAAGGAGUUGACAGAGGGGGAAGGCACAGAGGGGGACAGGGGCCGCGCAGCCCGGGGCAGCAGGCGAAAUAGCCCUGCAGAGUUUGUGAAGAAUGAAGCCGACCAUCAUGGGCGGAGCUCCAGGAGCCCUGUGAUGCUGUUUGACAUCCAGGAUAACAACAAUGUUAACUCAUUUGCGGAGGCAGUGUGUAAUGAGAUCUUGAAUAUAGCUGAGACCUCGGUGAGGUACUGCAGCACCCUGUCCCACCACCCUCAUGACUCUGUCCAUAGACUGCACCCCCACCCUAGUAAACAAUCUUUCAUCAUUUCCCAGCAACCCCAGUCCCACAGCAGCAGUCCGGAGCCGGGUCGUCUCAGCUGUGGAAUUUUCCAGGCUCUGUACAGUUACGUGCCGCAGAACGACGACGAGCUGGAGCUGCAGGAGGGCGACCUCGUCAGCGUCAUGGAGAAGUGCGAUGACGGCUGGUUUGUCGGAACCUCGAAGAGGACAAAACAGUUUGGGACUUUCCCGGGGAAUUACGUGAAGGAGGUGAAACUGUAAAGACGUCUAAUCUGGCUGUAACACGCGGUUGCCUGUCAAGCUUGGGAAGUCAUUACUAUCACGCAUGGCUGUUGGUUUAGAAUAGUCGUUUAUCCAGGCGAAUCCAUUUUGUCUGGGGGUGGGGGAGGCAGGGGAGAGUGGGAGGGGGGUGGCAAGUGAUCAGUCCGGCCUGAGGUAUGUCAAAGAGCACGAGGCGAAGACGGGAGGCGGCUCACUGCCCAAACCUCGAUCACAUUUCACACACUUUUGGUGACAGAAAACGUCCAUCUCCACACGCAGGAUUCCUUCUAUCACAAAUCUAGCUUUUACUGUACAGAUAAUAGCCUCCAUGUCAUUUUACAGUACACAAGUGUUUACGUAGCACCUCAGUCUUGGAGGGCCCGGCAGCAGAGCGGUGUUUAUGGAUCAAGGAGAGGAUCUUAUUAACCUGAACUGGACUUUGGAGGAUGCAAAGAAUGCAUAUUUUGUGUGUGACGGAGCUGUUUGUCACGAGCUACCUUCCAGGACCAGAGGUGUUUAACAAGAUUAGCUAAAAAAAAGAUUUAAAACCUUCAGUGUUUGGAGUCUCCUCAGUUUCAGAUUUAAGAAUUUGCCUUAUGUACGACUCACUGUAAAGUCAGUAUCGGCUCCUUUUCAGUUACAUUUAAAAAGCUUUAGAUACCGGUUCAGUAUUGCCUUCAUUUUCUAUCCAAAGGUUGUUAUACAACAGUUAUUACAGUCAUGUGCAUGACUAGAAACAGUAAAAUGUUGAAGUGUGCUUUUAGCUUCUCUUUUUCCUCACGUCAACAACACGUGGACGGUGUCGCAUGUCUCGUAGAAGCUGUUUAUUUGUCCUCCUCUGUGUGUUUGCUGAUGCCUGUGAGGUAGCUGCCUGGCUUCAGCUCAACCACAGGACAGGCGUGGUAGCACUUAACUUCCUGUUUGGUGAUUUAGGGAGAUCCCACCUUAAAGAAGAUAAUAGAAGAUUAAUCAGCGACGACACAGCGUUUGAAGUGAAAGCCAGAGAGGUGUCUUAGAGAAUAAUCAUACUGAUUUUUUUUAAAAAAGAUUUUAACCCGCGCCCUUACUGACAAGACUGUAUGUUUAGCCAUGUAAAUGUGUACAGAGAACUUUAAGAGGCCUUCUAGAUAUGGCUGCAUAUUUUCAUAUGUGAUGACGACGACAGUCAGUGGAUUGAAAGGACAGCAUGCACUGAGAUCGACAAAUCAAAUCGGAGCAUGAAACCCUAUCAUGUUAACGUAGAGGAAACAGAAGCGAUGACAGAGCUGCUCUCUGAGCUUCGUCUUCCACCUGAUGGAAGAGACUGGUUUGAAUUCGGUUAUCAAAGCAUCAGAGGAGAAGAGAUCUCCCACAUCUCCAGUAGUAGCUAUUGUUUAUUCAUCAGAUUCCUCGUUGUCAUCGAUGUGAUCAUCAGUCCUGUCAAAUCGCACUUUCUCAGCUCUUGUCACGACCUGCUCCGAGCUGCAGGCGGGUGUAGUUUGUAGGGAAAUUGCUGCAAAAGUAUUUUAAAAGCCAGAUCCCGUUUUUUUCCCAGUUUCCAAUCAAACGGUGCCAGACUAUCAGCGAUCCUACCUUUUAGUGUAGCUCUGACACACAAUCUGAGGCGCCAUGUGAAGAGUAGACAGAUAAAACAGUAACACUCUGUAGAUUUAAAGGCGUUUGUUUACUAUGACUUUGUUUUUAUGCACAGACAAACCAACCACAGACAGACGAAGUGAAAACUCGAACGUUCUUAAAAACCUGCUCAAACUUAACUGUUUGAGGAAAAAACAAACGUUCAGCCGAUUCAAACGUAUCUCUUGUCAUUGCUAACCAUUGUUAGCAUUAACAGUUGAUAACAACGCUCUACAAACAGAUAAAAACUGAGCAGUACCAUGUGUAUGAUUGACUUUAAUUAACAUUAGCAGAGUGCUCACUGUUGUUGAUGUGAGAAUUCUUAUGUCGGGGGUUGGUGGGUUUUCUCCGACUUUCUGAGUUGGAAAUACGACUUCAGGGGACGUUCCAGUUGAGACUUCUGUCUAGGAAUUCAGAAAUUCCUACUUGUACAACUUGAACGCACCACAAAAACUGACCAGACCUCCAGACUCCUCUAGAUCCCAGUGUGAUCCACAGAUCCAGAUAACGUCCAGAUGAAUCCCAGGACAGCAGAACAUUGUAUUUCCUCUUCGCCUGUCAGUGAUUUGAAUGUUGCUGAUCAAUGAAGUUUAAUAAUCAAUGAAGUAAAUUAAUUUAACAGAACUCAGUAGCAGUGUUUCAUCCUCUCUGUUUGCUGAGACAGAACCAGGUGUUGGUUAACAAUCCUGCCAACAUCAGCGAGGAAUUAUUGUCUCAGCAGGAUAAAACAAAACAUAAUAUAUUGUGGGUUUGCUUGAUGUAACGUUCAGGUGUUUUGUUACACCACAAAGCAUGUUCACGUUGUUUUUCUCUUCUGCCGCUGCUGGCUAAACAUUUUUUUUUUCCUGUGUAACUCCAGCUCCUCAUGAAUGUGCUGAUCAGUCGGGAGUCUGUUGGUUUUUUCUUCCACGACAGAACAAAAGGAGAGAGGUGUUGUUCUGUCUCAAACAAAUAAUCACUCAGUUUAGGUCGUUUCUGUGAUACUGUGCUCUCUGUAAAACAUCACAGGAUGUAUGAAUGUAUGAAUAUAUGAAUGUGGCGCAGACUGUGUACACAUAAUUUGUAUAAAAAAAGAAAAAUAAAUCUUGAGUGACUGAGCAGCACGGCACAAGAAGGACUGUAAAUAUGUAAAAUAAAAUAUAUACUGCGAGCGACAGGAGUGUCUCGGUGUCUCGCAGCGGUUUAUUUACCUGAAGGAUUUUUUUGUUUGUUUGUUUUUUGGCAAAGCACAGAGUGGAGCAUUUACUGAGCACAGGAAGUUUGACGCAUAUGAACAUUACGCUGCCAUUUGUGAGGAUCAUAAUGCCUUAUGUCAGAUGCAAAAAUCGUGCCUCAUUUUCAUUUAAUUCUUGUUUUGUUUUUUUGGUUUUCGACUCUCACUGAAAUGUAUCCAUGACAUAUUUAAUGUAACCAUGGUUUUCCCACAAGUCCUAGUCUCUGUGAUUGGGAGAACAUGUACUAAAAAAAACUUGUCUGUGCAAGUACCUAAAAAGUGUGACACAAUGCUUCAACCUUAAUGAUUAAUAAUGAUAAGAAUGGACUAGUUUAAUGGGACGCACAACCCGCAACAGGUUUGGUUGGUUUGUUUUGCUUCAAUUUGCAGUGCUGUUACAUUGACAAUAUUAAAAUAAAGAUACUAUCUAUACACUGCUGUGACUUCGGUAUUAUGCAAUAUUUAAUAAACCAUUUAAACCAUG